AUGCAUAUCGCACUACUUCUCCUUGGUGUCGGUUGCGCUUUUGCCAAUUAUGAUACGCAGCCGUCUGGCUACGGUAACAAUAACGCGUACGAGGUGCAGCAUGUGGCAAAGAAGUCACCCUACAACAAACCAGUAGACUACACUAGGUCUAAUGACUUCCCUGGCUUCAACUUCUUCGGCAACAAAGUCUCUCAGCAAAACCUUGGCCAGACCAACACCCAGGGACAGAGUAACUUCCAAAAGGGAGGUGACCAGACUAACGCAGGGUUGAAUCAAAAUCAAGUCAACGUUGGUCAGCAAAAUAAACAGAAAGUCGGCAGCAGAGGAUAUGACGCCCCAUACAGGCCUACUUAUCCCGGCGGCUACAAUCCAAACCCAGCUACUAACAUCCUCGGCAAUAACUUUGAUCUACAAACCCUCGGACAAGUUAACACCCAAGGACAGACUAGCGUUCAACAAGGAGGUGACCAGACCAAUGUCGGAUCCAACGCUAACGCAGUUAACGUAGGCCAAACGAACACUCAGGGUGGUGUAAGUGGUGGAUACAACGGUGGAUACAAACCCAGCUAUGACGCUCCUCGACCAUAUGGCGGUUAUCAGGGUGGAUACAACCCAACCACCAACGUCCUUGGCAACAAAUUUGAUCUACAGACUCUCGGACAAGUUAACACCCAAGGACAGUCUAGCGUUCAACAAGGAGGUGACCAGACCAAUGUCGGAUCCAACGCAAACGCCGUGAAUGUCGGCCAAACGAACACCCAGGGUGGUGUAAGUGGUGGAUACAACGGUGGAUACAAACCCAGCUAUGACGCGCCUCGACCAUAUGGCGGUUAUCAAAGUGGAGGAUACAAUCCAUUCAACGUACUUGGCAACAACUUCGACCUCCAGACCCUUGGACAGGCUAACACGCAGGGUCAACAAAACGCACAAAUCGGCGGCGCUCAAACCAACGCUGGAUACAACCAAAAUGCCGUUAACGUUGGUCAGACCAACAACCAGGGAGGUGCCGGAGCCGGAGCAGGUUACAAACCAUCAUACGAUGCUCCUUCUUAUGGAGCCGUGCUAAUUCCAAUCAACCCCUCAACAGGAGGAUAUGCCGGAGGAUAUGCAGGUGCAGGUGGAAACGUCGUAGGAAACAGAUACGAUAUCCAAAAUCUGGGACAGGUCAGCAACCAAGGCCAAGCAAACUUGCAGAAGGGAGGUGAUCAAACUAAUGUCGGUCUGAACCAGAACGCUGUAAACGGAGGUGCGGGAGCAGGAUACAAACCUUCGUAUGAUGCUCCAAGUUACGGAGCAGGAGCCGGCGCCGGAUACAACGGCGGACCAAUCUACGUUCCUGACUUCGGCAACUUCAUCAAGAACAACGUCUAUUCGCAGAAUCUUGGCCAGGCAAGUACCCAAGGACAACAGAACGUACAGAAAGGCGGUGACCAGGCCAACGUUGGAGUUAACGCCAAUACUGUGAAUGUUGGACAAACCAACAAUCAGGGAGGUGCGGGAGGAAAGAGCUACGACGCUCCACAACAGGGAUUCAACCCAUUUAACUUCAUCAACAAUAAGGUAUUCCAGCAAAACCUUGGACAAACCAAUACCCAAGGACAAUCUAAUGCUCAGAUUGGCGGCGCACAAACCAACUUUGGGCAGAACCUGAACACCGUAAACGUCGGUCAAACGAACAACCAGUUCAGCGAUGUACCAACAUACGGAAAGCCGGCUCCUCCAGCAUACAAACCCGCUCCUCCAGCGUACAAACCAUCUCCUCCAGCUUACAAACCAUCUCCUCCCGCUUACAAACCAUCUCCUCCCGCUUACAAGCCCUCCCCUCCAGCAUACAAGCCAUCUCCUCCAGCUUACAAGCCCUCCCCUCCGGCAUACAAGCCCUCCCCUCCGGCAUACAAGCCCGAGCCAGAAAGCAGCGGCUACAGGCAUUAG